AUGGAUCUGGAAUCGCGAAAAUUGCCACCGCAGUUCAAUACGAACAUCGUAAAUGAAGCUAGCGAGAGACAAAGGGAUGGAAACAAUGCUGGGGCCUACGACACAAGUCGGAUGCAAGGAACAAAAAAAGGAUGUCUGAAGGAACUUGAUGAACACAUUGCACAGGAUGAGGUGCGUUGCUUGGAUCGCAACUAUUAUGCAGGAGAAGACGAAAUGCAAAGGGAAUUGUUACGGGCUAUGGGUGCAGGACAUGCAAUGAGUGAAGAAGGCGUACGCAUGUUCUAG